CGUCUUCGAUUAGAACUGUUUAGUACACUCUAGCAGCUCAAUCGAUAUGGACGGUCACAAUUGGCUUCACUUCAGCCACGGAGCAAUCCCCCAGGCAGCCGUAGUUGCUGGCCACGAUUCCGAUGGCGACACCAUCUUCAUUGGCCGCGCCUUCUACUGCAACGACAUGCUGCCGGCCAAGAUUAUCCCCAACAAGGGAAAGGCCUAUGUGGCCUACGCCAACCAGGAGGUGGAGCUGGAGAACUACGAGGUGCUGAGUGGCUCCAACUACGAGUGGUUGCCGGCUGAGAACGGAGAGGUUCCUCCCGGAGCAGUCAAGGUUGGCCAGAAUGUCGACGGAGAGACUCUGUACGCUGGAAGGGGUUACCAUGCCGGCAGUUUGACCGUGGGCAAGGUGCACCCAUCCCACGGCUGCCUGUACAUUCCCUACGACUCCGAGGAAGUCAAGAUCUUCGCCUACGAGGUGCUGUCGCGUCGCAUGGAGGCGAGAUAGGUGCUCCAGACCCCGUUACUGCUUGAUAAUCACAAAUAAAUUCGACACUUUUUAUAGACGCUUUGUAAUCUGUUGGCCAUAAAACUCUGUUAUCUCAGUAGUUAUUUUUAAUCAUUACUGAAGUAUUUAUGAAUUUAAUAGUCAAUAAUAAUAAUAUGGAAUUUCCUGUAA